GGCCGGAAGUGAGCGUGUGUUUGUGCGGAGACGGAAGAGCGGGAGGCGUGUGACGUCGCCGCGCCGUCAAGCCAGGAGUUUGUUGCCGCUGCUGCCGCCGCCGCCGCCUCCUUCCCUCGCGUAGCUGCGCAGCGGCCUCCGGGCGAGAUGGAGAGCGCCAGCCAGGAUAUCAACCUUAACUCUCCCAACAAAGGUCUGUUGUCGGAUACUAUGACAGAUGUGCCUGUGGAUAACACGAGUGCUGCCGCCACCGCUGCUCCUCCUGCAAGGGCCUCGGCCUACAAUGGGCUCACAGAAGCGGAGGAAGAGGAGCUAAGGGCCGAGCUGGUCAAGGUGGAAGAGGAGAUAGGCACCCUGCGCCAGGUAUUGGCUGCCAAAGAGAGACACUGCGGGGAGCUGAAGAGAAAGCUGGGCCUGACCCCCUUGGAUGGCCUGAAGCAAAACCUCUCAAAGAGCUGGCAUGAUGUCCAGGUCUCCACUGCAUAUGUUUCGGCCAGCAGCACCCUGGAGGACUGGAAUGAGAAAUUAACCCAAUCAGAAGCCUACAAGAAGACGCAGGAAACUCUCUCGCAGGCAGGGCAGAAGACUUCGGCUGCCCUUUCCAACGUGGGCUCUGUGAUCAGCCGGAAGCUUGGAGACAUGAGGGCCCACCCCUUCUCACAUUCCUUUAGCAGCUACUCCAUUCGUCACUCGAUAAGUAUGCCAGCUAUGAGAAAUUCUGCAACCUUCAAGUCUUUUGAAGACCGUGUUGGAACCAUAAAGUCCAAAGUUGUGGGCGGCAAAGACAACGGCACCGAUGAGCUCCACUCCCCAACAGCAUCCGGCGACAAGCCCUCCCAAGACAACGCGCCUUUCUAAGUCUACAUCCGUGGUGCAUGACUGCCAGAGCCUCGCCCCUUGUUCUUCCCAACAUGCAAGACGAAAGGAAAAAGUUCCUGGGCCGCAGGUCCCACUCUGACGAAAGAGAGAUCCAUACAUCAUAUAUGUAGACGUUCUUUUGCUGCUGGAUUCUUCAGGUCCAAUAAAGCGAACACACAGUGUUUUGUACACUUAUAUAUUUUACACUAAAAAGGUUUCUAGAUGGAACACAUUGCUGUGCUGCCUUUUUUGGAAGAGCGCCAGCAAUGAGGAUUCUGCAACCCUGACCCAAAACAGCCCCCCCCCUUUUUUUUGCACCAGAGUCCUGCACUCUUUCCUCCCACCCCGACCCCCUCUAAUGUGCGGGCAAAAAAAUUCUGUAUGUCAUGUAGAAAGAAUAGUUCUCAGAUGCCGCUAGCUGCACAGGGAGCGUCUCUCGAUUCCUGCUCCAUCUUCUCCUCUGCAUAUAGCUAGCCAGCUUUCUGCUAUUGUGGCUUUCUCUGCAAUUGGAAGCACCGGGAAAAGCUUUGGAAGCCUGCAGUUUCCACUUAAGAUAUAUAACCAGGUUUGGGGGGGUUUCUUCCGGGAAGCAGGGGAGGGGGGGUGAUAGAAGAUAUUUAGAGCCUCUAUUUAGCGACUGCCUAGCUUUGCUACACUGAUUCUCUAGCUUUAAUGAAUCUCAGAACCUUUAUUUUUUUGGAAUGCAGUGGACUUCAGAACAUACCAGCUUUUAGCAUCGACAUUUAGGGGCAAUCUACCUUUGAAUGCGGAAGCUGAAACACAAGCCUUACAUCACCACCUGCUUUACUGGUUUAUAACCUUUUUUAUAUCUCAAAAGCGCAAAGAAUUCUUUUUUGAUGGGGGGGGAGGGAAGGGGUGAAGCACUGGAGCUCUGCAUCCUACCAUAGUAAUUGCAUGCGGAUGUGCUGGUCUUGUGUUCAUUUCAUCGGUGCGUGACGGUGCACAUGCCUGCUUUUGCUCUCUCUCUCCUGAGUGUGUGGAACUUGCUUCUCUGCCUCUGGGUUUAUGCCUCUGUUUUCUUAGUCCACCCAUUUAAUCAGAUUAAGGAAGGACAUGUUGAUCGCAGCACAAGAGAGCUAUCGUGGAGGGCUCCUUCUCUCUCUCGGUUUGGUUCUCCUACCAGGAACCUCCUUAAAAUACUUUGUACACUUUAUGUGAUGACAAAGAGCUCCACCUCUGAUCUCUUUUUGUUCGCAGCACUUGCCACCGGUUCCUGGCUCUGUUUUCACUCAAUGCUAGGAGCACUAGUAUGUGGUGUGUCUGCUCCUCCUCCUGAAAAAGGCUGCAAACCUUCCACUGUCCUGACCCCUUAGUUCUAAGGCAGAGGUGCCUCUUAAAUUAUCCAAACCUUUCUGUGCCUUAGAGGCUCAGUGGGACUUCAGCAGUGCCCUAAGUACAUAUCAAGAAAGCUGUUUUGCUUCAAGGCCUUGGUGCCCCCAGAAGGCUUCAAGCUCUUAUCAGACCCCUCCUGCCCAGCCGCCCCCCUGAGAAGCAAGUUUCAACACUUAACGUGCUGAUUGUAGAACUCUCCCUGUGACCUGUGUUGCCUGUGGACGGUGACCACGCCGUGUCGACCUGGCACAACGGAUGAGAGAAUCUGCAGGGUGUGGGGGUAUCAUUUGCUGGAGUUUGUUCAAGGGUAAAGUAGGCACCCGUGUUGGGUGGGGAAAGCGGUGCCACUGGGACCGGGGAGCUGUUAGAACACAGACUGAACUGUUUCUCCUGUACAGGUGACUACAGGGGGAACUUUGUCAAUAAAAUAUUCUUUUUUGAAAAGCAAAA